AAUAACAUGACUUUUGGUGAAAAAUAUAUUCAACAGUUUCCAUGUGGACGGCUCAUAAACAAAAAUGAGAAACAUGAUGAGAAACUGGUACUGUUCACUGGUCAGUCUGAAGAUUCUGAAAGAUGUGAAAGUGUGGAGCUGGAUAAUAAAAUCCGGGAUCUGAUUGAGAGAAAUGCUUCUUCUGAUCCAAAAGGGGUCACCCUGGAGGCCAUGCCAGGUCACAGAAAUUCAUGUUCUCCAAAGACUUCAGGAAAAACAGUUUCCUUGGCACAUUCUGUGCAGAGCCCAUUGAAAAUGAGUGCUGGAGAAAGUUCUACGGAGCAUACAGAGUGUGCUCAAUCAUCAACAAGAAAGAACUUGACAAACUCUCUUGAACACAAGAUAAAGUGUUUGGAAAAACAGAGAAAAGAGCUCCUGGAAGUUAACCAGCAAUGGUAUCAGCAAUUUAGAAGGAUGAAAGAGGUAUAUGAAAGAAAGGUCGCAGGGCUGAAGACCAAGCUGGCCGUCGCAGAGGGAACCCUCGGCACCCCGGAGGAGGAGCGGCGUCCGAGUCCGAGAGACGGCGACAGGCAGCGAGACCAGAGCCGGGACCCGCCCGGGCGCGGAGAGAAGGAAAAGGAAAGGCUAAAUGAAGAAUUACAUGAAUUGAAGAAAGAGAAUAUGCUUUUGAAGGAAAAAAACACUCUUGCGAACAAGAAGAAGGAACAUUACGAAUGUGAAAUAAAACGCCUCAAUAAGGCUCUUCAGGAUGCCUUGAAAAUCGACUGUUCUUCACUUUCUGAGGACUGUUUGAGGAAGUCUGAAGUGGAGUUCAGCCAUGAGGAGAUGAGAACAGAAAUGGAAGUUCUCAAGCAGCAGGUACAAAUAUAUGAAGAAGACUUCAAAAAGGAACGAUCGGAUCGAGAAAGACUUAAUCAAGAGAAAGAAGAGCUACAGCAAAUUAACCAAACUUCUCAAUCCCAGUUGCACAAGCUUAAUUCUCAGAUAGAAACUUGUCAGAUGGAGAAGGAAAAACUAGAAAAGCAAUUAAAACAGAUGCAUUUCCCAACCUGCAACUGCGGCCUGGCUUUCCACCGUCGAGACCCAUGGGCACCAGCAAGCCCUGGAGCUGUGCGGAGUCAGCAGGAGCACCCACCAGACUAUCCGUGGUAUGCUCUUGACCAGCUUCCGCCAGAUGCACAGCACAAGGCACAUGAUUUCUCCUCAGAAAAGAAAAUCAAUCAGUAGAAGCAUAUACCCACAGAGCGGGACAGCGGGCAACGAGGGAGCCUGGCUGAGGACCCUCUUUUUUGUUUUUGCUGUGGCUUGUUUCUGCUGCAAAUGCACAUCAACUCCUCUGUUAUUUGUGCCUUGUAAUAUUUCCCUUUGGCAUGGAUAGAGGAAAAGGCUUCUGACAGCUGAAAUCCUGAGAAGCCAGUUAUUAUACAGCUAAAUACAACUUCCAGUUUCCU